CUCCAGCAAAACUGGACAUAGGGUCCAUUCCUUCCCCAAGGACAAAGGGAUCUUCCGAAGCUGGGUGCAGUUUGUGAAGAUUAGGCGGGCAGAUUUUUCAGCUAGCUCUGUCACCGCCUACUCGAGAAUAUGCAGCGCGCAUUUCAAAGAGGAGGAUUACCACUCAGGGGAUGCUAAAAUGGUCUCACUUGGAUUAAAGAGUGAGAGGAGUGCUAAAUUACUUCCUACCGCCGUGCCGUCUGUGAACGCAAACCUCUCUCCUUGCCCCGUCCCGAGGUCGAGAGACACCGUCUGCCGCAAGCGAGAAAUUGCCACGAUGUUGACAGACGCCUCACAGCAGGAGACUGUGGACAGUGUAGACACUGUGGAGAGUGUCGAUACUGGGGAUCAGCCCUUGCCCUCCUCCACUUCUGACGCUGGGACACAGUGUUCUUUGACGCCCACCCCCCCCUUGGGUAUUUUAAGGGCUGUGCAGGUUAACCUGAAGCCCAAGAUGGUCAGCGUGGGCACACAGACAUCAUUCGGCACACAAACCUCCACUCCCCUUGCUAGUCCUGAACAGACAGAUGAAGAUGAUGAUAAUGCCUCUGUCAUCAGUGACUUAUCGUGGGUGCCCGAAGAGCCGAUGCAUGAGGAGGACUUGUUUGAUGUGGAGCCACCUUACACGUGUGACCCCCAUCACAAUGGCAUUGACAAAUUCAUUGUUUGCCAAGAGGAGCUGAUGGGCCUUUUUGUCAUCUGUCCGGCCUGUUGUGAGAGGUCAGAUAGUAGCAUCGUGCAGCAGGAAGGAACUUUUCUUAAGAUCAAGCAGGUCUGUGCAUCAUGUGGCUACCACCGUUUCUGGCAAAACCAGCCAAUGCUCCACAGGAACAUGCCGACCUGCAACCUCCUGUUAAGCGGGGCCAUUCAUUUCACUGGAUGUUUGGCCACCCAGACAUUAAGAAUGUUGACUCUGUUUGGCUUGCAGUGCAUCAGUGCGAGCAGUUACUUUCGCCAUCAGCGCCGCUACACCAUCCCUGUAAUCGUUCAGGCCUGGCAAAACGAUCAAGUGAAGAAUUUUAGUGACCUACGGGCAAUGGAUGGCGGGCUAUUUCUUGCUGGUGACUGCAGGUCAGAUUCUCCUGGGCACUGCGCGAAGUAUGGAUCCUACUCUCUGAUCGAGGACAGAGUGAACAAGGUGGUGGAUGUUCAGCUUGUUCAGAGCUCAGAGGUCCCCAACAGCUCAUGGUGUGAGCUUGAAGGGCUCAAGCGCAGUGUUGGCCUGCUGAGGGGAAAGGACCUGCAUUUAGCAACGCUGAUCAUGGACCAUCAUCGCCAGGUUGCCAAAUGGGUGAGAGAGGAGCUGAGCCCUGAAGGGACACGGCAUUAUUUUGAUGUGUGGCACAUUGCCAAAAGUCUGGGGAAGGCAUUGGAUGCAGCUUCAUAAGAGUGUGACCAACUACAGCUGUGGAGGCCUGCUAUAGAGAAUCACCU